ACGACCCCUCACGCCUGAGGGCCUAAAUAUAGCGUCAACCAGUACUUAUCUGCAUGGUAAGCCACCCACGGUUGGACAUAAUAAGAGUCAGCAAUGCUUCUCGCGCUACGCCCCGGUUACCCGGUGACGGUAUAUAGUGCGGUGCUCUCCACGCAAAUUCAAUUCCUCACCUACGGUCAUGUUCCUACGCUUGGUGACGAUUCUCCUCGGCCUAGUCGCCCCCGCACACGGCGCGCGUCAAAUUCACAAGAGCGAAAUUCAGGCUCGACAGCUCGAGGCAGCAAAACGAUGGCGCUCCAUACCACAACCCAACGUCGCUUUCGACCUUGAGCGGCGUGCGGGAGUACAGAACAUCACGUUCUCUAAUCCCAAGGCAUCUGAGUUCUUUGUCGAUGGAGCAAACAUUCCUGAGGUCGACUUUGACGUAGGACCCAGUUGGUCGGGAUUGAUGCCUAUCUCUUCGAAUCCCAAUGAGACGCGAAAGCUGUUCUUCUGGUUCUUCCCUCCCGGCCCGCAAGGCAGCAUGGAUGACCUCAUUUUCUGGACGAAUGGUGGUCCUGGAUGUUCUUCCCUGGAAGGCUUUUUGCAAGAGAAUGGGCCAUUUCAAUGGGGAGUCGGAACGGCCAAGCCCAUCGUCAAUGAUAUGAGCUGGACCAACCUUUCGAGUGUCCUAUGGGUUGAGCAACCAGUUGGAACCGGCUUCUCUCAAGGAACCCCAACGAUACGGAAUGAAGAUGAUUUAGCGGAACAACUCGUCGGUUUCUUCCAACAAUUCUUGGAGGUCUUCUCGGAACUGAAGGGGAAGAAGCUGUAUGUCACGGGUGAAAGUUACGCAGGAAUGUAUGUUCCUUACAUCGCCAAUUACAUCUACGAACAUCCUGGUGACCUGGAUUUGGAGCUGAAAGGCAUAUGGAUCGCUGAUCCCGUCCUCGGAUGGGAUGUCGUCCAAGAACAAAUUCCUGCUGUCGACUUUGUCCAUAAAUACGAAGGAGUCUUUGCUUUCACGAAAGAGUUCCUCUCCGAACUUGACGACAAAGCUGCCGCCUGCAACUACUCCGGAUAUACAAAGACCUUUGCGACGUAUCCUCCCAAAGGACUCCUUCCGCUUCCCGGACGGUCAACUGAAGCCGACAGGGGAUGCGAUCUAUGGGACACCAUAUUCAAUGCGGCUUUUGCCAUUAACCCCGCAUUCAACAUCUACCGUAUCUUCGAUACUUUCCCGGUUCUCUGGGAUGUCCUUGGGUUCCCAGGAUCUUUCGAAGACAUUCAGUUGUCUCCGCUAUACUUUGAUCGUCAAGAUGUUAAGGAAGCUAUUCAUGCUCCUGUUGACGUGGACUGGACCGAGUGCUCUAAUAUUAAUGUAUUCCCUCAGGGGGAUUCUAGCCUUCCCUCUUCGUUUACCGUCUUGCCGAAUGUUAUUGAGAAGAGUAAUCGCACGGUCGUCGCGCAUGGCCUCGCUGACUUCAUUCUGAUUGCUGAAGGGGCGAGAAUUGUGAUCCAAAAUAUGACAUGGAAUGGAUUACAAGGUUUCCAAACACCCAUUGAAGAUGACAGCCUCAUCGUUGAUGGUGUCGGGGUUCUCGGUACAUCGCACACUGAGCGAGGAUUGACUUUCAUAGAGGUAGCGCUCAGUGGACAUAUGAUCCCGCAAUACUCUCCUGUGGCCGCAUUCCAGAGCAUGCAAUAUCUGAUGGGCUUCCGGGACACUCCAUGAUACUAUUGCUGCAAAAAGGAUGGGGCAAAGAGUACACCUGGACCUGAAUAUUGGGUAGGAUAAAUUGUUGCUGCAUAUUUUGCGGUCAUUUUACAUAUAUUCCAAAUCGUCUUUCACUGGCACCGUAACUGAAAGCUGACCCUGAAAGUUAUGUAACAAUAAGCGGUCUCCGGACCGGAACUCCGGAUUGA